UAUAUAUAUCAUAAAUGCCGAAUUCCAAACUCCAAACUGAUCUUCAGCUAAUUUAAUUAUGUCUAUUUAGAUCCGGCAUUUCGAAUUGGUACCUAUAAUUAUUCGUUUUGUUUAUAAAGUUUGUCGCAUAAUUACAAGUGGUGUGACAUUGUGACACAAUAUAUAGAUAUAAUGGAUUUUCAUCUGCUUUUUGAAAAAUCGCAAAUGCAAUUUGUUGUUCAGGAUCAUUUUUGUGAUGCUUUCAAGAUGGUGUAGGUAGGUUUAAAGGCUGAAUUGAAAUGUGAUUGUUCUGAAUUUUCCUGUCAUUUUUGUUUCUUUUUUCUGCUAUUUGCGCUUUUGGAAUGAGAUUAUUGGGUUCUUGUAAUGGUGGUGGUGGUGGUGAUGACAACAUCAGUGUAAUUUUUAAAAAUGAAUUUUAACUCAGUUAGUGGCGGAGCCAGAUUUGCACUAAGGCGGUUCAAAAUAUGAACAAGUUACGAGGAGGUUCCUCCUCAACAUCUGCUAGAUAUGCUUAAAAACUAAUUUGAACCAUGUAUAAAAUAACAUAAUUUUCUGCCUAAAGGGGUUCAAAUGAAUUCUCGGUCCUACCAGUAAUUUUCUGCCUAAAGGGGUUCAAAUGAAUUCUCGGUCCUACCAGUCUCCGUCACUGACCUCAAUCACAAGCUAGGCACCCGAGGGCGUGCCUUAUAGGUGAAUGAAGUGGCUUGAGCAUCAUGAGGUUUUAGGUUCAAAUUUCAGUCAAGACAAAACACUAGGAGAUUUCUGUUCAUCUAUUUCUUGCCUUGGUGGACAAAAUUAUUUGGUACCUGUCGUUGGUGGGAGGUGAUUACUUUAGUAUUGUAGUUGAGGUCUGAACCGGACACCACGAUUUUUAAAAAAAAAAAGGAGAAAGAGCUAGUUGGAAUUAGUUGUACGAUUUUCUAUAUUCAUUUUGUUCAAAUGGUGCUCAUUUCAUUCAAAUACUAAAUAAUUGUAUUUUAAGACAUAUUUGGGGGUUCUCUAUGACAACCAUUUAAGUGAGAAGUUCUGAAUUGAUUGCAAAAUGCUGAAGUCAAUGCUUAAUUUUAAUAUUUCUAAGGAUGCAAAGAUCUACGGGAAGACAAAGCUUUUAAAAGUUUUUGACAGAAUGAUCUAGUACAUGAAUGCAACAUAGUAUUUGUGGCUGUAAUCCUUUUAGUUUAUCUUGUUUUCCCAUUUGUUGCGUCAAGGAAGAUUUUUUUUAAUCAAGAAGAGAGAUAGGCAUGUAAGAGAUAGAGAGAGAAGUGAUUUUAACAUUUGAAAGUGGCAGAGACUUGGAAAUUUGGAUGCCUAGAAGAAUACUUGUAGAACUUUAAUAGUUGAUAUUCAUGGUGGAGAAGAACUAUCAAUAUUCAGGAAAUUGAAGUGAUUUAGCAAGAUGCUGCUUGAUUUGUGCUUUAGCCUUUUGAUUUUUUUACAAUUCAAGUGAACUGAAUUGAAAGUUAAACCAUGAUGGGGUGCCUUAAUCAGCAGAGUGAAGUCAAUACUCGAUUUUCAGAACCCAAGGAUUGUACUAUAAAGCCUUUCAAAGGUGCCUUAGCAUGUAUGGUAAAUUCAGAAAUUGGUGCUGUUUUGGCUGUUAUGAGGAGAAAUGUAAGGUGGGGAUUUCGUUAUGCUGCUGACGAUGAUCACCUAGAGCAUCCUCUCAUCCAUUCUUUCAAGGAAUUACGGAAAAGUAUCUUCUCAUGGCAACAUCACUGGAACAAAGUUGAUCCACUCCUAUAUCUUCGACCUUUCUUGGAUGUGAUUCAAUCUGAUGAGACUGGUGCACCAAUAACCGGUGUUGCAUUGUCUUCCGUUUACAAAUUCUUAACCCUUGAAAUAAUUGAUUCAGCUAUCAUGAAUGUAGAGAAAUCUUUACAUCAGAUAGUUGAGACCGUGACAAGUUGCCGCUUUGAAGUGACUGAUCCUGCCUCUGAGGAAGUGGUGCUGAUGAAGAUACUUCAGGUUCUUUUGGCUUGCAUGAAAAGUAAGGCAUCAGCAAAUUUGAGUAAUCAUCAUGUGUGCAACAUUGUAAACACUUGCUUUCGGCUUGUUCAUCAAGCUAGUGCCAAAAGUGAACUGCUGCAGAGAAUAGCAAGACACACAAUGCAUGAAUUGGUGAGACAUAUUUUCUCUCACUUGCCUAACAUUGACAGCAAAGCACAUGAGUUUGAUCAGCAAAGCAGAUUAUGUGCUGACCCAGAGGCAGGCGAAAAACAACACGACAAUAGUUGUGUUAGUUCAGAAUCUACUGGUAAGUCAGCACCAGCUGCAGUUCCUCUCAAUGCAUCAGACAAGAGGGAUGAAACAACGCAUGAGACAACUCAAAAGGAGGAGAUUGCAUGUAAUAGAGAAAACCCUAUGAUGGAUCCAUAUGGGGUCCCCUGCAUGGUGGAGAUAUUUCAUUUCCUGUGUUCUCUUCUGAAUGUGAUGGAGUCCAUUGAAAUUGGUUCUAGAUCCAACCCUAUAGCAUAUGAUGAAGACGUUCCCUUGUUUGCAUUGGGUUUAGUUAAUUCAGCCAUAGAAGUAAGUGGUGCUUCUUCUGGAAAUCAUCCUGAGUUAUUGGCUCUUAUACAGAAGGACCUGUUCCACAAUCUGAUGCGUUUUGGCUUGUCUAUGAGUCCUUUAAUUCUUUCAACAGUUUGUAGCAUUGUUCUAAAUUUGUAUCAUCAUAUGCGUAUCAAGUUAAAGCUGCAGCUUGAAGCUUUCUUCUCUGGUGUGCUAUUGAGGAUUGCCCAAAGCAAGCAUGGAGCUUCUUAUCAACAGCAAGAGGUUGCCAUAGAAACUCUUGUUGACUUCUGCAGGCAGCCCAUGUUCAUGCCUGAGAUGUAUGCAAAUUUUGAUUGUGACAUAUCUUGCAGUGAUGUAUUUGAAGACCUUGCAAACCUGUUGUCCAAAAGUUCCUUUCCGGUCAACAUUCCACUAUCAGCUUUAAAUACGCUUGCUUUGGAUGGUCUAAUUGCCAUGAUGCAGGGUUUGGCCGAGAGAAUAAGCCAAGAUUCAUUUGUUUCUGAACAAGCUUCAAUAGAUCUGGGUGAAUAUAGACCAUUUUGGGCAGAGAUAUGCAAGGACUACAGUGAUCCUAAUCAUUGGGUUCCAUUUGUUCGUAAGAUGAAGCUCAUAAAGAGGAAAUUGUUGAUUGGAGUUGAUUACUUUAACCGAGAUCCAAAAAAGUGUAUGGAAUUUCUCCAAGGAAUGCAUUUGUUACCUGAGAAAUGCGACCCAAGAAGUGUAGCAUGCUUUUUCAGGUAUAUGACUGGCUUAGAUAAGAAUCUUAUCGGGGAUUUUCUAGGAAGUCAUGAAGAUUUCUAUAUUGAAGUCCUUCAGGAAUUUGCUGGAACAUUUGAUUUUUGGGACAUGAACUUAGAUAUAGCUUUGCGGAUCUUCUUAGAAACUUUCAGAUUGCCUGGGGAGUCGCAGAAAAUACAGAGGGUGCUUGAGGCAUUUGCUGAGAGAUAUUACGAGCAGUCUCAAAAUAUUCUGGCCGACAAAGAUGCUGCACUAUUGUUGUCAUAUUCAAUUACUAUGCUUAACACAGAUCAACACAAUGCACAGGUAAAAAAGAAGAUGACAGAGGAAGAUUUCAUCCACAACAACCGAAGGAUAAAUGGAGGAAAUGACCUCCCUCGGGAAUUUUUGUCCUAGCUUUACCACUCCAUCUGUGAGGAUGAGAUCCGGAUUGUCCCAGAUCGGGGUGCUCGUAUUCCAAUGAUGGCACCUAGCCAUUGGAUUGGUCUAGUUCAUAAAUCAAGGCAAACUUCCCCAUAUAUUGUCUGUGAUCCAGGUCCUUAUCUUGAUUAUGAUAUGUUUGCUAUGUUGUCUGGUCCUGCGAUUGCUGCCAUCUCUGUGGUUUUUGAUAAUGUGGAGCAAGAGGAUGUUUGGAAAAUAUGUAUCAAUGGAUUACUUGCCAUUGCCAAAAUUGCAGCUGCCUAUAGCUCCGAUGAUGUGUUAAAUGAUUUGGUUGUAUCUCUUUGCAAGUUCACUACCCUUUUGCCUCCAUCUUAUGCUGAUGAAUUUACUGCUGCAUUUGCGGAAGAUGGUAAAGCUAGAUUGGCCACAUUAGCAGUUUUCACAAUAGCAAACAAAUAUGGAGACCACAUUCGCUCUGGUUGGAAGAACAUCCUAGACUGCAUUUUGAGUUUGCACAAAUUGGGCCUUCUCCCCACACGUCUCUUUAGUGAUGCUGCUGAUGACUUAGAGUCUACUGCUGAUGCAGACACUAGGAGACCUACUGCACUUUCUCCAUCACCAUCUCGUUUUCCUUCAUUGGCUCCAUCAAGGAAAUCAUCUGGCUUAAUGGGAGUAUUUAGCCAACUAUUAUAUCUUGAUGAAGAACCUGCACCACAGCCAACUGAACAACAGCUUGCCGCACGUCAGCAGACUCUUCAGACAAUUCAGAGUUGUCACAUUGAUAGCAUCUUUGCCGAGAGUAAAUUUUUGCAAGCAGAGUCCCUGUUACAGCUUGUUCGGGCCCUUGUGUUGGCAGCAGGCAAGCCUCGCAAAGGAAAUAACUAUCUGGAAGAUGAAGUGACUGCAGUAUUUUGUCUAGAGUUGCUUAUUGCUAUCACAAUAAAUAACCGGGACAGAAUAAUGCUUCUUUGGCAGGUUGUCUAUGAUUACAUAGCAAGUGUCGUCCAUUUAACAACAAUGCCGUCUACUUUGGUUGAGAAGACUGUGUUUGGUCUGCUCCGCAUAUGCCAAAGGUUGCUCCCAUACAAGGAAAAUCUGACAGAUGAACUUCUCAAGUCUCUGCAACUUAUCUUAAAGCUUGAUGCUCGGGUUGCUGAUGCAUUUCUUGAACAGAUAACCCGGGAAGUUAUGCACCUUGUCAAAGCAAAUGCUAUGCUGAUACGAUCUCAUAUAGGCUGGCGAACAGUUAUAUCUCUGCUUUCUUUUACUGCUCGGCAUCCAGAAGCAUCUGAAACAGGAUUUAAGGCACUAUCAUUUAUCAUGGCCGAUGGGGCGCACCUCUUGCCUGCUAAUUACGUCCUUUGUUUGAAUGUGGCGGCACAGUUUGCUGAUUGCCAUGUUGGGAAUAUUGAUCAAUCUAUGAGAUCUUUAGACCUGAUGGCUGGAUCACUUAUCUCUCUUAUUAGAUGGUCUCACAAGGCGAAGGAAGCACUUGGGCAGGAGGCUGCUAUAAAAAUGACGCAGGAUAUAACAGAAAUGUGGCUCAGGCUGAUACAGGGACUGCGAAAAUUUUGUAAAGACCGGAGAGAUGAAGUAAGAGAUCAUGCCAUCUUGAUGCUGCAGAGGUGCUUGACUGGAGCUGAUAGGAUCCAUAUCCCCGAAGAUUUGUGGUUGCAAUGUUUUGAUCAGGUGAUAUUUACAUUACUGGAUGAAUUGCUCAAUCUUGCCCAGCCGAGCUUUCUGAAGGAUUAUAGGAACACUGAAGGAGCAAUAGUUUUGGCACUGAAACUCAUGUUCAAAGUUUUUUUACAGUCUUUGCAUCAUCUCUCUCGGUCGAUAUCCUUCUGCAAACUAUGGUUAGGGGUAUUGAGUCUAACAGAGAGAUGCAUGAAGGUGAAAUUUAAAGGGAAAAGGAGUGAGAAAAUCCCUGAACUCAUUUCCGAGCUCCUAAAGAACAUUCUAUUUGUCAUGAAAACAAGUGGAAUUCUGGGGCCAAGUAAUCCUGUAGGAGGGGACAGUUUCUGGAAGUUAACAUGGUUGAAUGUCCACAAAAUAUGCCCAUCCCUUCAGUCAGAAGUUUUUCCCACAAAUGAAUUAGAGAAGUUGAAAAAACAGCAUAUCCAAGCAGAUCGUAGUCCCCUGGCAGAGGGAAAUGUUAUUGUCUCUCCUGGUAAUAGCACAGCUUGAAGAUAAAGUUCCCAUCGGGGUGGCCUUCGUACAGUGAAACUGACAUAUUCUUGGUAAGCACCAUCAUUAGCACAAGCAAAUGAUGAAUUUUGCAGCUGAAAACCGGUUAAGCUUAAUUGAUUUAUUGAAGCACCAUUGGGGAGCUGAGUAGCAAAUCUGAAUUCAGCUUUACGGUGCUUUCUUUCCACUCUUCAAAAUUGCA